AUGUGGGAAGAUCAGCUUGUCCUCAACUUUGAGGUUCUCCUCAAUCUCCCCGUGAGCCCAGUCCCCAGCAAAGGCAAUGCAUAUUCAGUCUCUUCCAAUGACAACGGGGGCAAGUCUGAUUCAGUGGCCAACUUACAACCUCAGCCAUCCCUCAACUCCAUUCAGAGCUCUCCUGGCCCCAAGCGCUCAACCAACACCCUGAAGAAAUGGUUGACUAGUCCCGUGCGCCGGCUGAACAGCGGGAAGACCGAAAGCAACAUCAAGAAACAAAAGAAGGUGCGAGAUGGCAGGAAGAGCUUUGACCUCGGCUCACCAAAGACCGGAGAUGAAACCACUCCGCAAGGAGACAGCGCAGAUGAGAAGAGCAAGAAGGGUUGGGGAGAAGAUGAACCAGACGAAGAGUCUCACACACCUCUUCCUCCUCCCAUGAAGAUUUUUGACAAUGAUCCAACCCAAGAUGAGAUGUCCUCUUCUUUGCUAGCUGCUCGACAGAGCUCCUCCGAUGUCCCAACUGCUGCGGACCUUGUCAGUGCAAUAGAAAAGUUGGUCAAAAGUAAGCUGACCCUUGAAGGAGGAUCUUACCGAGGAAGCUUAAAAGAUGCCACUGGCUGCUUAAAUGAAGGAAUGACGCCUUCAACUCCCCCACGAAACCUUGAAGAGGAACAAAAAGCCAAAGCAAUGAGAGGCAGGAUGUUUGUCUUAAAUGAGCUGGUACAGACUGAAAAAGACUACGUCAAAGACUUGGGAACUGUUGUGGAGGGCUUCAUGAAGAGGAUAGAUGAAAAAGGUGUUUCUGAAGAUAUGAAAGGGAAAGACAAGAUUGUAUUUGGCAAUAUUCACCAGAUCUAUGACUGGCAUAAAGACUUUUUCCUGGCUGAACUGGAAAAAUGUCUUCAAGAACCUGACCGUUUAGCACAGCUUUUUAUUAAGCAUGAACGGCGAUUACACAUGUAUGUGGUAUAUUGCCAAAACAAGCCACGAUCUGAAUAUAUAGUAGCUGAGUAUGAGGCAUACUUUGAGGAGGUUCAACAGGAAGUAAGCCAACGGCUAACCAUCAGUGACUUUCUGAUCAAACCCAUUCAAAGAAUAACUAAAUAUCAGCUUCUUCUCAAGGACUUCCUGAGGUACAGUGAAAAAGCUGGUCUGGAGUGCUCUGAUAUAGAGAAAGCAGUUGAAUUAAUGUGCCUUGUACCGAAACGUUGCAACGAUAUGAUGAACCUGGGUCGCCUCCAAGGCUUUGAGGGCAAGCUGACAGCUCAAGGCAAGCUACUGCAGCAGGACACCUUCUACGUGACAGAGCAGGAUUCUGGAGUUCAGUCUCGACCGAAGGAGCGAAGGGUGUUUCUCUUUGAACAAAUAGUUAUCUUCAGUGAACUCCUUAGAAAAGGAUCUUUAACACCAGGAUACAUGUUCAAGAAAAGCAUAAAGAUGAACUACCUUAUCAUUGAAGAAAACGUGGACAAUGAUCCCUGCAAGUUUGCUCUAAUGAGCCGGGAAACAUCAGAGAGAGUAAUUUUACAGGCAGCUAAUCCAGAAAUUCAACAAGCUUGGGUACAGGACAUCAACCAGGUCCUGGACACACAAAGAGAUUUCCUAAAUGCGCUGCAGUCUCCCAUAGAGUACCAACGCAAAGAAAGUAGCUCAGCGGUGCUGAGGCCCCAGACCGGUAGGGUCCCUCAGCCCAACAGCAGACCCUAUUCUUCUGUUCCAGUAGGGUCUGAGAAGCCUUUGAAGGCUACAAGCCGUAACCCAUCUCUCCCACCCCUGAAGAUAUCUACCUCCAACGGCAGCACAGGGUAUGAACACUCACAGCCCGGAGACAAGUAUGAACAAAGCAAGACUGAUUUGGGAGGGUGCAAUGGGACCUCUUCUAUGGUGGUGAUUAAAGAUUACUAUGCACUGAAGGAGGAUGAGAUCUGUGUGAAUCAAGGAGAGGUGGUUCAGAUUCUUGCUAUCAACCAACAGAACAUGUUCCUGGUAUACCAGCCUGCAAACGACCACUCUCCGGCUGCUGAAGGAUGGAUCCCCGGCAAUAUCUUGGCUCCCCUCACUAAAUCCACUACAGAUAAUAGCGACGGAAGCAUCAAGAAGUCAUGUUCAUGGCAUACCCUGCGCAUGAGAAAGCGGGCGGAAAAGGAGAGCAGUGGCAAAAAUGAAGCCAAUGGGCCACAUAAAUCCAAGGAUAUUCUGGGGAACAAAGUCUCUGUUAAAGAGACAAACAGCUCAGAGGAAUCAGAGUGUGAUGACCUUGACCCCAAUACUAGCAUGGAGGUAGAGACAAUCAUCCUUGUGAUUAUUUUUUUUCCAAGAACAUGUGCCCGUUUUGAAAUGCCUUUGCUGAAAGGGGAGCUGGUGGGUCUGUAUUGCUCACAGACAUAUGUGCCAAUUGAGUGCGAGUCACGCAAAGCGCCAAUUCUGGUUUUGCCAAGCGUUGAACUGGAGUUUGGGCUGCCUUUGUGA